UAAAACAUGACAUAUUGUUAAGGGUUAAUAUUUAUCAAAAUGUCGAUUGCAUGCCAUUUAUUUUUGUUGGUAGUUCUGGUUUUGGGUGCAACAUCAGGACUUAUUCCGGGAGGAAAUGAAACGUGCAUGGCUAAUCUAAAAACAUUGGAAUUGACCAACCACUGCUCUAAGGAGGAACAUGUCGAAAGCGCUGUUGCCAUUACACUAUUAAAUCACCAGUUCCGGGUGAUUUCCGCGUGUCUUAAUUGCUCCUUAACCAUGGUGACGCGAGCAGACCACGUGCUUGUGGUGACACUCUACAGUUUGGGCACCGAGGCUGGCUCUGAUGGGAAAUGUGAUAAAAACCGGCUAGAUGUUUACAAUGGGCGCAAGGUGAACGACUCGAGUAGCCUUUCUGGUAAACCUGGAAUCUGUGGAUGCAAAUUUCCCUCCACGAGCGAAUUCCGAUCCACAGAAAACUCACUGACGGUCCGAUUAUUCACUCCGUGCAACAAUAUCACAACACACGGAGAACUCGUGCUUGUGGUGUCCCCAAUCCGUAAUGAACGCUACAAUCUCACAGAGUGUCCAGGAAAGAACCGGUGUCUCAAUGGAGAGUACAUUAACAAGAAUGUCGUCUGCGACGGUACUCGCGCUGGCAAAGUCAGAUCAGACGAAUCUAAGUGUAACCACAAGUGCGCUGGGAAGUUUGAAUGCAGAAAUGGGAAAUGCAUCGACAAAAAUCUCGUCUGCGACGGCAAGAAUGACUGCGCAGAUAAGUCGGACGAGAACGGUUGCCAUGAAAUAAAACACCAUCGGCUUUCCACAUUUAUAGGAUUGGCUGGUUUGGCUGUUAUUGUGUUGGUCAUCAUUCUCGUUGUUCUCUGCUGCAGAUUCUAUUGCCAUGGAUAUGAACCAGCUUACAUGAGGCUUACGUGAACCAAUUGUUACAAUGACAAGACUUUUUCAUAGUUAUGUUGAGUCUUUUAAUGAAUGCUUACACGAGAGCAGCAUAACAAGUGAUGUAGGCUGCUGUGAAGCUAUAGUAUAUUCACAUUAAGUGAACAUUGGAUAAUAAAUAAAGCAGGUCUUCUCCAGACACGACUCGUACAUUUAAGUGUGCAUUGGUUUGAAGAACAUAUACAAACAAGAGAUUGUUUUUUUUUGUAAAAGCGCUUGUCUCCCCUAUUGUGUGGUCGUAGCUGAGAAAAAAUAAAUGAUGGUGAUGAAA